CCCAUCGUAGGACUCGAAGUCAACAACGUGAAAUCUAUUUCUUCGAUUCGGACGCGUCCACUUCGACAACACACCGUCGACCUGCCAGAGCCUCCAAGGACCACGUCAAGGCGCCACCAUCUUGCCUACCACACAGCCCCUCGCUCUCUGCACCCCAUUUGCUGGCUGAAAAGAGUAUUGUUGGGCCGUCGUGUACAUCGCUCGGCAGCCUGCCAUGAACGAACUGUUGGGAGCCCUCGGUGAUCCAGUGACAGAUCCCGAAGAAGAAUCCUUUCUCGUCUUCUCGCAAGCCAUACCCUCUCGGUCGCUAGGAUUCAUCAACUCCAAGGCCACGUUGCUCGAGUUGACGGUUGCCGGCCGCGACCUUUCUAUUCACCAGUCUCCCGCUCUACUCUCUUCGAACCGCAAAGAAGGCACGACUGGGGCAGUUGUAUGGUCCGUCACUCCGCUGUUUGCGGAAUGGAUUGCUUCGGACAACGUGCUUGCCAAAUAUGGAUUUUUUAGUUCAGAGUCUAUCGUCCUCGAACUAGGAUGCGGCGUCUCAGGCAUCGUGGCUCUCUCACUAGCACCCCAGGUCGGAAAAUACGUCGCGACAGAUCAAGACUACGUGCUUAAGCUGCUGAAACAGAACCUCGCUGAGAACUUUACCGAGAAAGCUAUACCUCUUAGCAAGCGUAAACAAGGCUCCAAGAAAGCUAAAUCAACUAGCUUGAAAACGGACGAUACAGUCUCAAACAUCGAAACGCUAAUCCUAGACUGGGAACUGGACUCGGUCGCUACCAUCCCCCGCUUCCUAGGUCAAACGCAAGCGGGUGGUGACCAGGACGGUCCUAUUGGUGUCGAUGUGCUUAUUGCAUGUGACUGCAUCUACAACGACGCUCUUAUAGAGCCCUUCGUAAAUACAUGUACUCAGAUCUGUCAUCUUCGAUCGACCAGCAAGACUCAAAGGCCAACAGUAUGUGUUGUAGCCCAGCAACUCAGAUCUUCUGAGGUGUUCGAAUCGUGGCUCAAAGCCUUUCAUCGAUCGUUCGAUGUUUGGAGAGUCCCAGAUGAGCUAUUAAUCGAUGCGCUGAAAGAAAACUCUGGCUUUGUGAUUCACGCCGGAUUACUACGAGAGGAGUCGAAACCUAUUUGA